CACCAACAAACACACACAAACAGAGACACAUGUACAUACACACACAGAAACAUGUACACACAUGCACAGACACACAUGUACACACACACACACACACACACACACACACACAUACAGACACAUGUAUACACACACAGGCAUGUACAGACACGCAUGCACACAGAUACAUGUACAUACACAGAAAUACACACACACACAGACACAUGUACAUACAUACACACAAACACAUACACACACAGGCACAUGUACACACACACAGACACAUGUACACACACAUACAUGUACAUACAUGCAGACACAUGUACAUGCAUACGCAGACACACACACACAUGUACGUACACACACACACGUACACACACACCUAUAAAAAGUUGCAGUACUUCGUUGUUCACUCACAGAUCCGGGUACUUCACUCUAGAGGAGGCAGAGAGCACAGCACACACUCCUUCCUUUUCUUUCACUGCUCCCAGUUAUUGAGCAGUCUGACGGCUCCCAGUGCCAAUGACAGCUCCGGCCUGAGCUCCGAGCCUGCUCAGCAAGAUGGCCCUGUGGGACACACUCGCCCCCACCAUAAUUUCCACUCGCCAUUGGCGAGCAGGCAAGUGGAAAUUUCA